CCCAGAGGGUUGGCAGCCCUAGCUAGGGGGGAUGCUGGGACGGGUGUGGGAGGAGUGCUGGGACUGAUGUGUGGGACAUGUAAUGUGGGUUGUGCACAAUGUGUGGCUGUGGUGGAAUGUAAUGGGAUCUGUGUGGGGAAGUAAUUGGGGUUGCUGUGGGGUGUGUGGUUAUGGGAUUAGGGAUAUGUGUCUGGGGGUGUGAGGUGGAUUCUGCACUAACCCCAUGCACCCUGGGAUAGGGUGUGUAGGAAUAAGGGGUUGAAUUUCAGUGUCCCCCUUUGAGGUCUGAACAACACAGAUAAAAAAGUUGUCCCCCUUCUCUGCAUCUGAUACUUUUCUUUUUCUCAUUUAAAAAACAGCAAUGAGUACAAUCAAAAGUGUGUUUAAAUAAAAUACACAUAUAUGUCUAUAUUGUGUUCUACUCUUAAUUUUUGAGUCUACUUUAUAUUUCCUAAUGCACCUUGCAGUGCAGGCACAAUUGUUAUCAAAGCCAUCUUAAUACUUUGCAGUCGAGCAUUCAGACCCAGAGUCCGCUAAUCACAGAUGAAGAUACAAGAGAUGAGAUAGCAAGAUACUAUCCUAAGUGGUGGAUGAUUAACAGAAGUGUCCUUGGGGGCGGGGAAGUUGGCAUCCAUUUGUAUUACACUGAUAAGUGCUUCACCCACUGCAUAAUGAUGAAUUGUUUGUGGGGGUUUUUGUCACAAUGCCUUUCGUUCAGCCAGUCAUUGAUAGCAUUGCCUAAACUUACAGAAGAAACAGCUUCCUGGUCUUGAUUCUCCUACAUCAGCGUAAACCUAUUGAAGUCAGCUGAGGGAGUUACAUUGUUUUUUACACUGGAGCAAGUGAGAUCGGAAUCAGUUCUAAAGAUCUUGUUGCGAUGAAGGUAAUUAAACAUUCUGAGCAGGUCCUGAAGACAGCAUUGAUCUCCAAGAACACGCAGCUUGUGAAGCUGUAUGAGAAUCUUGAGUCAAGGGAGAAGUGUUUGCUGAAUGAAGCAUUUCAGCCAAACAGUGUUCUCUUCAGACCCAUCACUCUGCAUUCGGAGUCAGACUGGAUCUCCUCACACCCUGAGCCCACCCAGGACUUUGAACAGUUUUAUAACGAUCCUUGCAGAAGCAGACUGACAUCUCAGAAAAAUGCCAUUUAUGUACAGCCCAUUGGUUCGUUUGGGGACACUAAAGUUAGUACGGAGGAUUAUAUGAAAUGGUUGAAGGAUUAUUGUGAAGCCUUUUACUAUGGCCUAUCUGUAAAAAUCCUGGAGCCGAUUCCUGUUUCACACACAGGUUGUGGUUUUCGAGUGAAUGAGUACACAUGCAAUCUACAGAUUCAUGCAGGGGACCUCUUGAAAUACCUAAAGAAGAAAAAGCCAAAAGAAGAUGCUUUCUGUAUUGUUGGGAUAACAAUGAUAGAUCUUUAUCCAAGGGAGUCCUGGAAUUUUGUCUUUGGACAAGCCUCUUUGACAGAAGGAAUGGGGAUCUUCAGCUUUGCCAGGUAUGACAGUGAUUUUUAUAGUGCGAGUUACAAAGGCAGACUGCAGAAUAUCAAGAAGCUUCCCUCAGCAGACUAUUCAAUUUUUGAUGGCUAUUAUACUCCUGCAAUCAACAGUAUGCUGCUUCUGAGGUCCUGCAAGACUCUGACCCAUGAGAUUGGGCACAUCUUUGGACUCCAUCACUGUCAGUGGCUGCAGUGUGUGAUGCAGGGUUCCAAUCACCUGGAGGAAUCAGACCGGCGCCCGUUGGACCUGUGUCCAAUUUGUCUGCGCAAGUUGCAGUCUGCCGUUGGCUUUCACAUUGUGGAGAGAUACCAGGCGUUACUUGGGUGGAUGGAUGAAGAUAGUAGUGGAAUAGAUGCUGAACUCGGAAAUGAAGCCAAGAUGGGCUUGCUGAAACCUGUGGAAGCAUUUAAGGAGUGUCGAGAGUGGGUAUUAAAAUGCCUUGAUGUCUUGCAGAAAUAAAGCUCUAGGAUGUAUGUAGUAUCAAAGGGGAAACAUACUCCUCUAUUUAAAGUUAUUUUCAGGCUGACUACUUCUAAAACUGUUGUAACUUGAUAUGGGUCAUUCACUGUAUUGUAAGGAUCUGUAAAUAAAAAUCCAUCCCUUUGUCACUGAA